CAAUUUGCCCUUCUUAUCCUUUUAGUUAUAUAGAAAGAAUGAUGGUAGGACAUGUAAGCCGACGGGUCAAUGUCGGAAACAUUCUUACAGGAACUUCCCGGUGACCAGCCAGCAGAUUUUCCGGCAUAUUUACAGGGAGUUUCCGGCAACCAGCCAGCAGUUUUACCCUCACAGGGAGUCGCCGGUGACGAGCCAGCAGUUUUUCCGGCAUCCUUACAGGGAGUCGCCGGCAACGCAGAUCUUUUAUCGGAGAUUCUCCUAUGGCUACCUCCAAAAUCCCUUCUCCGGUUCCAAGCCGUUUGUAAAGACUGGUUUUCGAUCAUCUCAAGCCGUACAUUCCGGCAACUUCACUGCCGGAGAAAACUCACUUCCGGCAAAGUUGACGGACUAUUCUUCUGUUGGUGGGUCUAUGGUAAUAACUAUGUUGACUUUAUCCCUCUCCAUGGGAUACCCAAAAAUCAAAAAGGUAUGAUUCCUUCAGCACUCAAAAAUAUUGCUAAAUCUACAUCUUCAAAAAUUGAACAAUUACAUUCCUGUAAUGGAUUGUUCUGUAUAAGUUUCAAUUUGGGUAUUGAAAAUUUUGAUUAUUAUGUUUAUAACCCUAGUACUAAUCAGCAUAGAUUGAUUCCACUCCCAUAUUUAGGUAUAAAAGCUUAUGAGAUUGUUGUAAUGAAUUUGGCUUUUGAUCCCAUGGUAUCUGAUUGUUACAAACUUUUAUGUGUGAUGAAGUUAAAUGGGGCUUAUGAAAUUUCUGUAUAUUCAUCUGAAACUGAAGUUUGGAGAAAUUGUGUGGAUACGGAGAUGAAGAUAUUGGACGCAAAUCAACAUUUUUUAGGUCAGGGCGUGUUCUUGAAUGGUUGUAUGCAUUGGGUUAGUGAAAUGUCGUCUUUCUUAAGGUUCGAUUUGGAUUCGAUGUGUUUUAGAGAUAUGCCUAGUACUGAUCUUCCUAUUGGAGUGUUGAAAAGGAGUAUAAGGUAUUUUGGGGAGUCCGUUGGACAUUUGCAUCUAAUUGAGAUACAUGGGUUUAGGUCGAUGAGUUUUGAAGUUCUUGAGAUGGAGAUUGAUUAUUCUAAGUGGUUUGUGAAGUAUCGUGUUGAUCUUAGUUCGUUGCAUACUACUAAUCCGUUAAUGUUGAGUGAAGAACUUGAUUUACUAGAUGUGAAUGGUGGUACUUGCAAUGUUGUAUCUGUGGUUGUUGAUGAUAAGGAAGAUACAACGAGGCUUUUGGUAACCACACCAGAUGUUAUCAUUGAAUAUGAUGCUCAUCGUAGGACUAUCAAGGAGGUUGCGGAUAUAGAGAUAGCAAAAAUCCCUGUUAUAUGGGAAGAUGUUUCGGUGUUUGAAUGGUAUGAUACACAUCAAUAUGUUGAGACAAUGGCUUGUGUUUGAUAUUGCUAUGGUUUCUUGUAUAAACGAUGUGAUCAUGGUCACUCAUCAUUGAAGACGCGCUUAUUAUGAUGUUUCUGAUCUAUUUGCUGGAAAGAGAUCUUGUUUUUUUUUGCAUAGACUACUUCAUCAGAGAAUUGUACUUGUGCAAUUUGACUUUAUCUGUACUUGUGUUCUUCAUUUGUAAAUAUUUUGUAAAAUUACUAGUUUCCCAUGGAUGUAAUUGAUCGUGUAAACGACUUGUUAUACAUUGACAAUUCAAGGUGAAUGAUAUUAUAUGAUUUUAUGAUU